GAGAGGAAGCGGCGCGCGCGCGGAUGUGUGGCGAAGUCUCCUAGAAGCGCAACUUUGAUUUUCUUCUUAUUGCAUCCUGAGCAGAGAGUGUGUGAGUGUGUAAACUUUUGCAAAACAAAAGAAAGUCGUUGAGGUUCAGUCUUAUAACUGAGAAGCAGCGAAACUUUUUAUUUAUUUAUUUUUCUUCGCGGAAUAAAGUCAGGAUGUCUGUAAAUGAUCAUCUCGAGGGGAUAUUGUCCGAUUUUGAGGCCUUGAAGAGAUCCUUCGACAUUGAUGAUGUGGAUGAGAUCCCCACAUUCUCUCCAGCCUCCACAGUCACGUCUCCCAUCAGCCCAAGCUCCAUCCUCAACAAAGCUAAUGAGGUGCGGAGUCCAGUUGGUCUCGUGUCCCCCACUUACCGCUCGAGGAUCAGUCUCAGCUCCAGUCCUGCUCAGAGCCCAGCCAUAAAGAAUAGGAUGGUGUCUAGUCUGUCCUUUAACCGAGGCACAAUGGGAAAGCCCACUAUCACCUCUAACACUGGAAUCAAUCGUGCCUCCUCCUUCCAGAACAAAUUCAACCCAAAUGGCUUCAAUUCAUCUUCCGGUCCUGGUAGUGAUAAUGACAGCCUUCACAGUUCCUCUUCCAGCCUGGAGUACCAAGCCUCUUCCAAAAUGAGCUCAUACACAAGCCCUCCACAGAGCCCCAUGGGAGUAGGUGAGUACAAAGGCCAGUGCUUGGGCAGCCCUGCCUUGAAGAAGUUCUCCUCCCAUGGGAACAUGUUCCAUUCAGAGCUGGAGGGUCCUCUGGUGAUCCCCACAGAGCCAUUAGGUAUAAGCCAUGGCUCCAUGCCCUCGUUGGACCUCCAGAUGGCCGAGAGUGGAGGAAUGAGACGUGUAGUUUCCCCAGGAGCAAGGUACCCCAGCUCUGCUGUUACCUGGAAUGCAUAUCGUCUCCAGAACAAUGGCAAUGUUGGGAAAGAUUCAUCCAUCAACCACCAGUCCCCUAAAACCAAAGAGCCUGCACGGCUCAACAAAUUCCCUCUUGAUCUCGACAACCUUGUGGUCAAACCCCAGACAGAGGGCCCUGUGCCACCUAAACCUCCAGCAAGGUUUCACCCAGUGUCCACCAGCCCUACUGUAUCUGAGAGCACCUCUGCUUCCGUCAGUAGCUUAGACAGUGCAGAUCUACCCAUGGUUCACACCUCCACCAUGGAGAAACGAGAGCUGGACACACCUCCAGGAGCCAUCCCAGUGCCAAACAUAAGUGAGUGCCCUGUCCUGCUGUCCCCCGCCCAGACCCCUCGUUUUAACCUGGCCUCUCAGCCUCAGAUGGUCCAGAUUGCUCCUGCAACAUCCCCUCCACCCACACGGGUGAACAUCAUCAGCAGUCCUGCACAAAAUGAGCCUCAGGCCAAAGACAGUGUGGGUUCCAUUCUCCAGAGGAUUGCCUCUUUCUCCAGAGUGGAGGUUAAAUCGCCAAAGCCCCACCCAAGCUCUGUCACCCCUAUCAGCAAUGGUAUCAAGAGAGAGUCCCCGCCAGUACAAUUCAAAGAGCUGAAGAGACCAGAAGAGACGGUGAAGGAGCUGGACUUGGAGCUGGAACAGCCCGUCCGGAUGGAGGAGGAGAGGGAGGUGGAGCUUCAGGUGGAGGAGGAACAUGAGGUUGAGAAGGAGACCCCUUGCCUCGUUGAGCCCAACAGGCAGGGCGUCAUCAGAGGCAGUGACCUGUUCGGCUACGUAGGCAUCGAGGCCGUUCUGGAUCAGAUGAAACGCAAGACCAUGAAGUCUGCCUUUGAGUUCAACAUCAUGGUGGUCGGUCAAAGCGGCCUGGGAAAAUCGACGCUGGUGAACACACUGUUUAAAUCCAAGGUCAGCCGUAAGUCCUGCACUCCCAAUUAUGAGGAGAAGAUCUCCAAGACCGUCCACCUGCAAUCAAUCAGCCACAUCAUCGAAGAGAAGGGUGUGAAGAUGAGGCUCACAGUUAUCGACACACCCGGAUUCGGAGACCAGAUCAACAACGAGAACUGCUGGGAGCCCAUCAUCACCUACGUCAACGAGCAGUACGAGAAAUAUCUGAAGGAGGAGCAGUACAUCAACAGGAAGCGAAGGAUCCCAGACACCCGCGUCCACUGCUGCGUCUACUUCCUGCCAGCCACAGGACACCGGUUGCGCCCAAUCGAUGUGGAGUUUAUGAAGCGGCUGGGGAAGAUCGUGAGCAUCGUACCUGUGAUCGCCAAAGCCGACACGCUAACCAUGGACGAGAGGCUAGAGUUCAAGCAAAGGAUAAGACAGGAUCUUCAGACCCACGGUAUCCGAGUGUAUCCACAGAAGGAAUACGACGAGGACGCUGAGGAUCGGAUACUCAACGACAAGAUCAGGGAAAACAUCCCGUUUGCGGUUGUGGGAACAGAUAAAGAGCACCAGGUGAACGGCAACAAGGUCCUGGGCCGGAAAACCAAAUGGGGAAUCAUCGAAGUCGAAAAUGUUGAGCAUUGUGAGUUUGCCAACUUGAGAGAUCUUCUGAUUAGGUCCCACCUUCAAGACCUGAAGGACGUCACUCACAACAUCCACUACGAGACGUACCGCGUGCGACGGCUGAACGAGAGCAACGCCAACGGACUCGGCCUCUCCGCUCUCACUCUGGAGAACGGUACAGCGGAGAAGAACGACGCCGAGAGCCAGCUUUAAACACACACACACACACACUUCAUCAGUCCUGCGUGUGUGUCUGCAGAUGAUGCCAAGAUGAUCAUGUUGAGAACAUUUCUCUUCCAGAUGUGAAGACGUAAAGACAUUUUUGCAUUUAAACGUCAUAUAUAAGUCUAUUUUUUAAGAGGAGUCUAUAUUAUGGGUGGGGUUUUGGGGGAAAAUUGAAAAGAAAAAAAAAAAGCCAGAGAGAGAAAAUGAUGAUGAUGUUGAUGAUGAUGAUGAGGAAGAGGAUGAGGAUGCCGACGAUGAUGUGUGAGGAAGUACAAUAGAAGUGAAAUGCAUGUAGGAAGAGAGAAAUUACUCUUUCCUCAUGCUGAGCAAUUCUUUCCCUUUAUUUCUCCUUUUUUUUUUUUUUUUUUU